AUGACCCAUUGGUGGCGACCGGACGACCUCCGCGCGCUGCUGCAGGCGUGGGAACAAACGGUCUCCGCGCCUCGCGACCGCGACGAACUCCCGCGGUCCGACCUCCAGCGCCUCUUCAAGCGCUUCCGUGCCUUGCGGCAUCGCGACGCCGCGCCCGUGGCGCUCCGCCACGUCGAAGCCCAUCGCCAGCGACUCGUGCGCACGUUCCUCUUCCUGCGGGCGUUCAACGCCGAGAGCGCCCGCUCGGGACGGCCCACGUGGUUCGAACUGCCGCUGCCGCAACAAGACGACCUCCGACGGCUGAAUGGCCGUCUCGGGGCGCUGGCCGCGGACCGGUCCACGGCGGACGAGAUGAAAGCAGCGGCGGAAGCGCUGGCGGGUUUGCCCAUGUUUCGGUCCGAUGGCCACGCGCGGCCGACGCUUUCGCCGCCGUCGUCACCUGCUCCGCCACGACCAGAGCAGCAGCAGCAGAAACAGUUGCCGGAAGACAGUCGAGGUGACGAUUUGUCUGCCCCUUCAGAAGAGUCGUCGAGUGAGGACGAGGUGGACUCGGAGCGUGGCAAUACCACAAGAGGUUGUAGGGAGAAAGCGUCGGACAUGGAGGACACGCCUCCGAAAGCCAAGAGCAAAGUCAAGAUCAAGAGCACGUCGAAGUGGUCGAAGAGCGACGAGACGCGACUCAUCGCGGCGUGGCACCAGGUCGUCACGUCGCUCGCUGACAACGGGUACGCCGGAUCGUUUGCGUCUCGGAACGAAGGCCUUCGAUUGAACUCUCUCAUCCAUCAGCGGUACGUCGAGCUCUGUGGCGCUGGAAGUCCUGCUCGAACGAACCAGUCCACUGGGGCGAAGAAGUACGCCAUUAUGAUGGCUUUCCGGUCGUUGCGCAGUGUGCUCCGCACGCUGGCGUCGAUGAGUACACGACCGAAUUGGUUUGGCAUGACGCCAGACGAACGGAUGGAGCUGCAGAAGAAGCACGGCCACCAUCACGAACACACUUGUUUGAUCGAAAAAGCGACGUACCAGCAACUUGCCGAGAUCGAUCGAGCCCAGCGAGCAGUGUUGACUCCGAUUGCUAACGCACUUCGUCCUCCCGUGACACUGGCUGAAUUGCCACAACGGAACAAGAUGAGGACGAAAGUGGCAAAAAGGAAGAACUCGGUCGUUUCGCCGACACGUGAGGUGAUCGCAGAGCGCUCGUCGGACGAGGAAGAGUCUUCAGAUGCUGAGGAUGUGGCGGCUGUUCGAAGUGGCGGCAAGACCGAAGAGUCAAGUCGGUCUCGGCCGCUCAGCACCGCAAAGCGUCUUCGUCGAAACCUUACUCAGCGAAGAAACCGCGAGGUGGAUCCUGUCAAGGCCACUUCUCCUGUCAAACGUCGUCGAACGGGGCUGAGCGAUGCCAAGUGGGUCACCGGGUUGUUGAACGCUCAGACGCAACGGUUCAAGUCGCUUUUGGACGAGUUCCAGGAGGAACGGCGACAAGAGCGCCAGCAGAAUUUGGAGAUCAUUCUCGAAGCUCUCAAGCUGCGCAGCACAUCAGCCCAAAAGCCAAAGCAACCGUCGCGCUUUGCAGAGACGUUGGUUGAGAAACAGCGCCAGCACAUGGUAAAGUUGUUUGACCAGCUGCAGGACGAACGUUCGCAAGAACGCGACCAGGCUCGAAUGCUCUUGCGAGAACUGCGACCUUCGCGUCUGCUGAGCCAGGAGCAAGAGCAAACCAACGAGUAG